UUCUCCAAGUCACUGAGCGAAUAUAAAAGGAGACACUAUACACGCAUUUGUCAUACUUAUCCAGCAAUACAGUGUGAAGCAAAUUCACUCCAUUAGAGCAGUUACCUCUCUCUCUUCAGAAAGCUAGUAGUAAGCAAUCAUUUGACAGUAGAGAUGGCAACUUCACUUGUUCUCAGAAGGGCGACCACCGCCUCAGCACUCUUCAACAGGCUCGUCACCCCUGUUCGCUCUGCCUCUGUUGCUCCCUCUGUUUUCCGAUCCUUCAACACCAACGCUCAGAUGACAACUUUUGACGAUGACGAUGAUCGCAGCGUUGAUGUUGACCGCCGCUCCGAUCCCUCCGUCUCUCGCCGCCGCGACUCUUUUCCUAGCUUCUUCCCAGAUGUGUUUGAUCCAUUUUCACCACCAAGGAGCGUGAGCCAACUACUAAACAUGAUGGACCAAAUGAUGGAUACUCCAUUCACGGCACCGCGUGGCAUGGGCACCGGAGUCGGAUCAAGGAGAGGAUGGGACGUGAGAGAAGAUGAUGAUGCCUUGCAUAUUAAAAUGGACAUGCCUGGGCUUGACAAGGAAAACGUGAAGGUAUCAGUGGAGCAGAACACGUUGAUUAUCAAAGGAGAAGGGGAGAAAGAAUCAGAGGAUGAAGAGUAUAGGAGAAGGUACUCUACCAGACUUGAAAUUCCUCAAAAUCUCUACAAAUUGGAUGAGAUUAAGGCGGAGAUGAAGAAUGGUGUUCUAAAGGUGGCGGUUCCUAAGGUGAAGGAAGAUGAGAGGAAGGAUGUUUUCCAUGUUCAAGUUGAUUAAGUUUUUUAAUGCUUAGUUUGUGUUUGAGUCUGAUGUUAUAAACAUUUUCCUUCUUUUUCCCCUAGCUAUUUUGGAUGUAGUAGGUUUCUGUGGAAAAGUAAAAGACGACCUGCUAAAAAAGUUAUGGUUGUAAGUGCCGCUUUAGAUUAAUUGGAAGUUGAGUAUAAUAAUCUGCUUCUCCUUUCAGCUGCA